AUGGAGAAUGCAGUGGCAGCAGAGAAGCCUCAACAUCUACCUGGUCGUCUUCGUUUUGCUGACAAUCUACAGCUCAGCAGACUCAAUCUCGAACGGACCCAACCGCUAUGCACCCAUCAAGAGAGGCUACCCCCUCCACCACCUCCUCCACCUGUCAAAAUCCACUACGGACCAAAACCUCCCACCCAGAUCUACGUCAACAAGGGACCUAAUGAACAUCUGCUGUUCCCUCCUAAUCGGGGAUCAAUAAUCAGGAGUCAUCUGAGUGGUCCACCUCAUGGUCCACUUCCAAACCAUAUUCUCCACUCACCUCCUCAGUCUGCUCAGCUGCCUCCUCACAGUUUCCAAUUGAAAGGACCUCCUCCUCCAACACACCAUGGACCAGUUCAUGGUCACGGCAUAAAUCUGCAUCAUGUCCCCCUCAAUCAUGGACCUCAAACUUUCAACAUUCCAGGACCUCCCCAGCCUCCCACUCCACCUCCACCCCCUACACCACCUCCACCCCCUAAGGGACCACCCCAACAUUUCCAUAACCAGGGUCCACCCAGGGAGUUCAUCGUUCAACAGCAUAGACCACCACCAUCCCUUAGCACGAUUGCGCCCCAUAAGAUACAAUCCUCUUGGAAGACUGGGCCCACCUCGUUUAAAGCACCCGCUGUGAAGGAGUCUUUCCAUGCAUCACCUGCAACAACAUUCCAGUCGACUUCGCAGUUUAUCAGGGAUGACGGUGACAAGGGACCUAUUCACACCAUACCUGCCCCAAAUCUGAGCCUGGCCGACAAGAAUCAGCACCACAUCAAGCAGCAGAUACAGCAACAACACUUGAAACAGAUCGAGGAGCAACAACAUUUUGAAACAUGUCCACUCACCUCAAGAUUGAUCCCCCUGACAACAUAUAGAGUGAUGGAGGAUCAAACUGCUCACAAACCGGGUGAACCAUCCUACUUCGCUCCAGAUCCAGAUCCUAGCAUCAAACCACCCAGAGUGCCACCAACCAAUGAUCCCUUCUCAUUCCCAAGCAAUGGUCAGCUCCCCCUGGAUCUGAUAGUGCAGCAACACAAUGAGAAGCAGGCCGAACAACUGCAGCAUUUGUCGAAUCAAGAUCAUAGCGGCACAAUGACUGCUCAGGAUCUGUUCAACAUCUUUAACACGAUCAACAGUCAACAACAGCAGCAGCUUGAGGUGAUCCCACCAUCAGCUGUUGAUCAGCACCUGAACAACCAUGACCUGUAUGAAUCUGAUCAGCACCAGGAGAUCCAGCAUGAGCCACAAAACUUCCAUCCACAAUACGAGACGUUCAACUAUGAUGAACGCACUCAGCAAAGUGCCUAUGGGAGCGACAGUUACCCCGUGGGAUCUACAAACUACGAGUACAAAAGAGCUGUUGAGAAACACACAGGUGUCCAAACGAAGCCAGGACAAGUUAUAUCCCCAGUAAGGCCGAACCAGAAUUCGAUACACAUGACCAUGUCCAAAUCAAACAAACCUCAGAAGGUAAUCAGUUCCGGAGAUUCAGUAGACAACCAGGUGGACUAUGAAGAUCAGGAGGAGAGGGAGAUUGUGACCACAAAGAAUCAUCCCGUCUAUAGGCCUACAACUUUGCCCAGUCGAGAAACUGCUCAAACCUUGGCACAUCUGGCUGCUUCAGGGAUGAAGAGUUCUGUCAAGAAUGGCUACAACCACGGUGAGGAGACAGUGGAGGAAGAGGAGGAGGAAGAGGAAGGAGGGGAGGAACAAGAGGAGGAUGGAGGAGAGAGAGGGGUGACAAUGAAUCACAAUAGCCCCUCACCACAGUACAACAAAAAGGAGGAGAAGAGUGUUUCAUCUCCCUCAAAUGAAGGCAACGUUCAAGUACAGAAGUCUGUGCAGAUUUAUGAGACAUCCUACUAUGACAAACCGAUUAGUCAGCAUAAAAACACGAAACAGGAACGUCAUCAUCAGGAAUAUGAGGAUGAGUACGCUCAGGAGCAGGAUGACGAUAUGGAGGAUGGAGAGUCACAGACGAUGGACAAUGAUGGCAACACUAAAUUGCACACUUUGAGUCAGAGUAUGUCGUUUGGAGAACGCAUUACACCAAAGAGGAACUAGAGAAUAGUUUUCUGAGAAACGAUCAUAAGACUGGCUGUUGAGUAUGCGGCUUUAAUACUUUUCUUCAAAUCACUAUAAAAUUCAAAAUACUAUCUCAAAUAAUUGAAUAAUUGAAUUCUUAUUGAGAAUACAGACAUUUUUCAGAGCUUGUAUUCCCAAAAACAAAUUAAGCGCUUCCAUGACAAAUGUGUAAUAACUAUUAUGAUAGCAAUAUUAAUUUAUGAAUAUGAAUUACCAUAUAAUUAUCAUGAAAGCUACAAUCAUAAAUUAUUUAUUGACAAGCUCAUGAUAGUAUGCAGGAAUAGUAUAAUACGAGUAUAUUAUAGCCUAUGCAAACUGUGAACUAGGUACUUGGUAUCACAAACAUCAAGUUCAAAAAAAUAUUUUUGAAUAUUAUGAUGAACAAGAGAAUUAUUCCCAACUUCUUCAUCAUUUUUUACAAAAUGUAAACAAUUCAUGACCAUUGGAUCAUUGAAUUUUCAUUACUAUCCUUACAAACAGUAUGUUAUGUAUCAUUCACUGUCAUUGGAUUAUGACAGUAUUUAAAGAUCUGCAUUCAUUCUCCAAGCUCUAAGUCACUUCAACAAAAGGAGAAGACAAAAUAAAGAAAAAUUGUAUUGUAUGGUACGGUAAUCAUCUUUCACUAUUAAAUUUGAACAUUUAUUAAAGUUCAGGUUCUCAUUAAUAGUCAAUGAACUCUUCCAAGCUUAUGAUAAGUAUUGUUGAAUUUGAUUCAACAGUAGAUUAUUUAUUGGGAAACAUGUACUGGUAAGCUAUAUUUUUUUAUCUCAUUCAUAAAUCGACAAUCAUUAUUAUUAUUAAUUUAUUAUUGAUGAAAGCCUUGCGUAUUUUAUUUCUAUUUAUUGAAGGUAUAAAUUAUUAUAAUAAUUGCUAUUAUUUGUUAUUGGUAGGAAGAAGGAACAUUGGAAGGAUUAGACAAGUUUCUAUAAUCUUCUGUUCAAAUAAUCAAAUCCAUUGCUAGUAGUAUUGAGUGAUAUAUAAGAUUGGAACUAAUUAAAUAGAUCCAAUAUGAAAGAGCGUAAAUCAAAUCAGAACAAUAAAUAAGUUAGAUGCUCAAUAAAAUAAAGAAUACGCAAUAAGAUGUCCUCUGUGAUUUGAUAAUAAUUUAUUCUUAGAAAUAUUUAUUUUGUAAAUAUGUAAAUAAUGUGUGUGUUGCAAUAAAGCCUUUUUAAUAAAUUGA